AUGGCGUCGGCGCUGUCCUCGCGCGUCGCCGCGACGGACGUAUCGUUCUCCCCGCGAACCCCCGCGCGCCGUCGCGCCUCGACGGAUGCGAGACCGCGGAGAUCGAUUUCGCGCGGCGGCGGCGUGCGCGCGUCCGCCUCUCGGGGACGGGGGCAGGAUCAUCCGCUUUUCGACGUCGCCGCGCGUGACGUUUCGCGAAGCUACGCGACGUCGGUGGGAACGCCGACCGAUCCGACGCCGACGCUCCCUCCCGGGACCAUAGGCGGCGUCGUGUUCGUGUCGUCCUUCCUCGCCGCGCUUCUGAGGAAACGCGCGCGACGGAGCGGCUCCUCCUCGGACGCGGACCUGCGACGGAAGUUCCGCGGAGAUCUCAUACGUCAGCGACUGAAGCGCGCGGUCGGGAGGAACUGGAUGGGCCAGACGAUGAGCUUGGGCCGAUCGAACGACGCGACCGAAGUGGACACGCGCGAGCGCGACUUCGCCGGAGACCGGCUGCGGAGCACGAGGGACAUCGCGUUCGCGCGCGCGAGCGGGCUCGUCCGCGCGGACAAGACGAAACCGCGGGAGGAGGACGUCGCGUGGACGCUCGCGGCGACGCGACGCAACGCCGUCGCCGCCGCGGAAUUCGCCGCGGUGUCCCGCGGGGAACGGCUCAACGGCGCGAGCAUGACCUCGCCGCCGCGGUCGCAGUCGCAGUCGCGGCAACAACAACAACAGCAGCAGCAGUCGUCGACGGACGUCCCGAUAACCCUGUGCGUGACGUGCCCGGUGCGGCCCGGCCAACGCGUCGCCGUCCUCGGAGAGCCCGCCGCGUUCGGCGGCUGGGACGCGAGCCGAGCCGCGCUGCUCGACCGCGUCGGCGAGGACCGGUGGCAGAAGGCGUGCCGCGUCCCGGCCGGCGAGAUGGAGUACAGGUACGCGCUCGUGUACGUGCGACCGAACGGCGAGGUCGUGCUCGAGACCGAGGUGGGCGGGCCGAGAACGAGGAGGGUCUCAUCAGACGCGGGGCCCGGGGGCGGGAACGCGUUGAUGAUCGACGAGACGUCGCCCGUCUUCGGCGCGCCAGCCGGCGCGUCGCCGGCGCGCGGCGAGAGGGCGCCGGCGCGGCGACCCCCGCGACGCGAGAAGAGGGAGAGCGAGGAGGUGAUACGGAAGAGGGCGACGCGCGUCGCGGAGAGGCACGACGUGGACGUUGACACCGCGCUCGAGGUACUGCGGCUAGUGAAGAACGACGAGCGACUCGCCGGGAAGUUGCUGGGGACGAUGACGCGCGGGAUCGGCGGCGGCGGCGGCGCGGCGGCGGCGGCGGCGGCGCGCCGCGCGCCCGCGCCCGCGCGCGCGCGCGCCUCGCCGCCUCCGUCGCCGCGCCGCGCGGACGCGUGGCGUCCGACGACGCCGGUCGCGGAGGACGAUCGCACCGCCGCCGCGGCCAACUCCGGGUCCGGGUACGACCCGGACGUGAGCGAGACGUUCAUGUCGUCGGACGUGAAAGUCGUGGAGGACCUCUCCGACGUCUCGGACGAGGAGCUCGCGCGUCUCAUCGGGGACUUGCAGCGCGAGCUGGACGAGAGCUGAUUGAGAGGGUCGCCACGUGAAUGGUGUUAUUGUAUCGCUAUCGCGCCACC